AGUGCAUUUAAGUUAAUUUCUACACUUUCCUAGCACGUGCGCGUUUAAUAUAAUUGUUUUAUACGAUCUAUGUUGUUCGUUAUAUAGUGAAUGUAAAUAUAUAAGGUCGUGUGCAGUUCAAAGCAGUAACUUUGAUUUAGUAAAUUGUUGUUAGAUGGACACAACAGAGGAACAUGACAGUGAUCUACAGUCUCAGAUAGAGGAGGUUGAAGCCCUCUCGUCCAUCUAUGGUGAUGAAUGGUGUGUGAUCGACGAGGCGUCGAGAAUAUUCUGCAUUAGAAUAUCAGACGAGACCCAGCAGCCCAAAUGGACUGUGUGCUUACAGAUCAUACUUCCUCCGGAGUACCCAAGCUCAGCGCCUCCGAUGUAUCAAAUAAAUGCUGCCUGGCUCAGAGGACAGGACCGAAUGACCUUAUCAAACAGUUUAGAGGAACUCUACGUGGAGAAUGCAGGAGAGAACAUUCUGUACCUCUGGGUGGAGAAAAUCAGAGAAUUCCUCAUGGAAAAACCCCAAAGCGCUGAGACGGACGGACCAGAGACGAACAAAACGAUGAAUACGGAAGAAGAUCGAGAUCACGAUGAGGACAUUAUUCAAGAUUAUCGCCUGCUACACGUUGGAGCCAACCAAUCAGCCGACUUCAUCUCCGGCACUUCGGAUGAUGAAGAAUUGCCUCCGAUUCAACACGGGGAGACGAUCACAGAUAGAAGAAGCACGUUCCAGCCUCACUUGGCCCCAGUGGUGACUCCUAAACAGGUUCAGGUGGUUCUGAAUAAGUUGUACGAAAACAAGAAGAUCGCAAGUGCCACUCACAACAUCUAUGCAUACAGGAUCUACUGUGAAGAUAAAAACUCAUUCCUGCAGGACUGCGAGGAUGAUGGAGAAACGGCCGCCGGCGGGCGAUUGCUUCAUCUUCUGCAGAUCCUGGACGUUCAUAACGUGCUGGUAGUGGUGUCUCGAUGGUACGGUGGAAUUCAACUGGGCCCUGACCGUUUCAAACACAUCAAUAACUGCGCAAGGAACAUCCUCGUCCAAGAAGGUUAUACUGACACCUCAGAGGAUGCAUCCAAAGCUGGGGGGAAGAACAAAAGACCUAAAAGCAAGAAGGCAAAGUGAAAAGCCUCCAAAACAGACUCCUACCUGGAACAGAUGGCUUUCUCUCCACUUCAUCCUCUAUCAAAGCUUAUUAUGAGGAGGGAUCGUCAAACGUGGUACGGCUUGCUACUGAGGACUACGAAUGCGCCAUGCCGAAAGAUCCUUGAGAAAAUACAAAUGGGAAUUUCUUACAAAAGCGAUGUAUAAUGCUUUCAAAGGAUCCGGUUUUGUGGUGAAGAAGGAAUUGAACCGUAAAUGGGUGGUAUAUGGAAUUAAGGUGUUUAACGGUCUUGUGCUGUGCGUUAUGUAGCAAUAAGUGCUCCCCGUCUUAUGAAUAAAGAUUUUUAUGAAUCCCAAAUUGAUUCGCAAAUGAAGAUUUUAGCCCCGACUCGAGACACAAAAACCAACCUUCAUCAGCGUCUUCUGACCCUCGUUCUGCUCUAAUGAUGCGCUAUUAAUGUAAUUGAAUAAAGCUUGCCAUAAGUAAUUCAGGCGUUUCCAAGGGCGUCUCGCCAUCAAGUACAUUUAAAGAAAAGCUUAAAAAGUGUCGUAAAAUAUUGUAUUUAUGUCAACGUUAACAUUUCGUUUGUCUACCCUCUGGCGGUAUUGCACAUAUUGAACCUUUUGAAUAUUGCAUUCGGACGUAUUACAAAUCGGACUCGCCAAGGCCAAAGUCCACCGCUAUCUGAUGAGUUUCGUGGCUCUCCGACUCGCAUGCUAAUAGUUCUUAAUGAGCUCAUGUGAGAAUAGCUGCGGUCGUUUUGGCGCUCACGGCUCUAAUAAGCAGAUGCUAGGCCACCGGAGAACAAUUCAGAAAAAUCUGAAUAUCAGCUUGGUUGGUUUCGCCCACAGCAACUCUUCAGGACGGAAGCAAGCAUCCCUGAAGUCUCACGGCCCAACCUUGAACUCAAAACGGUUUCAACCUUUGCGAAUUCUUCCGUGGCAAUCCAAGUAGGUACUCGAGUACUUAUUGACGUCUUACCUUUAGUUACUCUGUGUCUGGCACGCGCACAUUUCAUCGCCGUCUUCCCUCUUGAAUUCUUUUGCCCGUUGACAUUAUGGCCUCUCUCCAGCGCGAGUCCUAGUCUUCUCACUUUUAUGCUCCCUUCAUGCAUCUAUUCCCUUUUCUCCGGCCUGUUCUUUCAUCUUUGCUCCCUCUCGCCUCUGUGUUCCACACUAUAUCUUUUCGAUGAAUAUUAACGCACCUUUUGAGUGUCAGCAUCAGCCCUUUCAGAUUUUCUUGCUUGCUGUGGCUCAAGGGGCAUCUCUAAAUGUUUUCACGGACUCUUGCUGUGGCGUGUUUUCUACCUGCAAGGGUAAAUGUGGCUUGCAUGCAGAACUUGUUCGCUGUCGCAUCGGUUGUCUGAGCAGCUGAUUAUUAUUUUUUAGUCCAAAGGAUCAUGAUAGUGAAACCUUUCAUCUAUUACAUCGCUUGCUCUGGGGCUUUUUGGCAUCUUAACUAUGUUAUCUUUAAUUUCAUCAACAGUAUCACUUUAGUGAGCACGACAAAACUACGCCUAAAGGACAGCUGCUAAAUUUUGACUAAUACCAAUUCUGGCACAUAAUCAAGCUAAGCGAAGCUACAGAUAACUGUACCGGGCAUCACAAAAUGCAAAUGCAGUGAAAAGGCCAAAAGCAGACCUCCGUCAUGCUAAUUUGAUUUGACGCAAACCAAUUGCGAGAGCAGGUCCAAUAUUGAACUUUGCAACUCGUCUUGACCAGAUAUCCAUCCAAACACGGACUACAAGAUAGAGCCAUUAGCAUGGCAUGAAAGUGGCUAAUUUGCAUGGCGGACAAGAAAGCCUCCGCUUCUGUAUAUUGGCUGACAACGGUAUCAAUGAAUAAUAUUAAUCGUGGGAGAAAUCAAAUCAGCACAUUAGCUGUCCUCCGUCGAGGCAUCGAGAAGCAAGAAGAUUGGUGCAGAAUGGUCAUUCAUGUUGUUUUAUCAUCUGAAGUGGCUUUGGGAGACGGCCGUCGUUUUUUGUUUAAAUAAGGGUCAGUGCUCUUCAUCUUGGGAGAUCAAACAUCAGAAGGGAUCAGCAGAAAAGCUUGCUUCAUAAGGGUCUCUCCUGCUUCUUUAGAGAGCAGAUCCCGGCUCGAAUGAUUUGUAGCUGGCACGCCGGGCCUUUGGAAUACUUGGGUUUCUGCGCUGCAGGGAAUACUACAAAGAAGUUGAUUUCUAAAAAGGCACUUAGCCGCUUUCCCUGGUUAUCUUCUCUUGGCACCUGUAUGUAUUCUUCCAAGUCACAAUGCUUUAAUGUUUGAAUUCCCUGCCCAUUAGCGAUAUUAAACAUGGUAAGCUGAAACAAGAUGAUUAAUGGUUUAACCCGUUUUAAGCUAGAGCCUACUACAACAAAGGACAUGGUACGCUGGUAAUACUAAAGCUGGUAUCUCUUAUAUAGUGCACUUUAUCGGGUUUUGUAGCAAACAACUCAUUCCCUACAUUUGUUGAGUACUUUUUACCCACAAUGCAUUCUGUUUUUGAGUAUGCAUCCGAUGCUCUCUCAUAUUUCCCUUGAUACAACGCGAAUCAACCAUCUGAUAGAAUCAGCUGGAGGAGAGUGACCAUUAGUGUUUGUUCUUGUCAACAGUUGUUUUCUACUUUUUGAGAAUAAACAGAUUACAUGAA